GCGGAGAAGAUAGGGCCAGGGGAAGCGAUGGAAUCGGAUGGUGACUUUCCGCAGGAGGAGUUCCUUCCCAAGGGACCCGGCGCAACGGACGAGCCUUUCGCGGACCAGGCCAGCGAGAUCCUGGACCAGGCGUGGCCGGUGAUCCUGGUGGUGGGCGCGAUGAUGGCCGUGCAGUGGGGCGUGACCCUCUACUUCGGCGCCGCCACGGCCUCCGGCCAGGUGCUGCCGAUCUACCUCACGCUCGCGGCGGGGGGCGCCGCGUACUUCCUGUACCAGGAGGAGAACAUUGGAAAGGCUUGGGAGUGCUUCUGCGAGUUCGACGAGCUGGCCAAGUACGCGUUCGCGGUGUUGGCGGUGGCCUUCUCCUACGCCCUGGCCAGGGUCUCCCCUGGGAGCUCGAAGGGAUCGAGCGGUGCUUCGUCGUCGUCGGGGCAAGGGCUCGCCGUGGAGGACUCGGCCUUGGUCGUCUACCCCCGCGAGCUGCCGGGCGACCCCAAGAAGUCGUUCGAGGCCAUGCACAAGUUCCUCGUGGAGGAGCUGGUGGCUGACGUCGCCGACAACUACGAGGGAAUCCCGGCGCAGUUGGAUUGGAUCCAGGAGAACCUGGAGUACAACACCAAGGGAGGCAAGAUGAACCGGGGGAUGGGGGUCGUGGACGUGCUGAGAGCGUUCGCCGAGGCCAACGGCAGGGAGCUCCGCCACGAAGAGGUAUGCCGCGGCAGCAUUCUUGGAUGGUGCGUGGAGUGGCUGCAGGCGUUUUUCCUGGUGGCCGACGAUGUCAUGGACAGGAGCCUAACCCGCCGCGGGCAACCCUGCUGGUACAAGGUGCCCAAGGUGCAGGAGAUCGCCAUCAACGACUCUUUCAUCCUCGAGGCCCACGUGUUCAAGAUGUUGAAGCGGCACUUCGCUCACGAGAACUACUACCUGCAGCUGGUGGAGCUGUUCCACGACGUGACCUACCGGACCGAGAUGGGGCAGCUUCUGGACCUCACGUCCCAGCCGAUGGACGCCCCGUCCGAUCUCACCAGGUUUACUCCCGUGCGCUACCGCAUGAUCGUCCGGUAUAAGACGGCGUACUACACCUUCUACCUGCCUUGCGCGAUCGGCAUGAUCUACGCCGGCGUGAAGGACCCCGCCAGCUACCGGCUCGCCCGCGACAUCUGCUGCCGGAUAGGGGAGUUCUUCCAGAUCCAGGACGACUACCUCGACUGCUUCGGCGACCCGGAGGUCAUCGGAAAGGUGGGCACCGACAUCCAAGACAACAAGUGCAGCUGGCUGGUGGUGCAGGCGCUUGAGAGGGCCUCCAAGGCGCAGAAGGCCGUCCUCAUCCAGAACUACGCAAUCGACGAGGAAGCUAAGAUUGAGCGCGUCAAGGAGCUGUACCGCGAGCUGAAGCUGGAGAAAGUGUACGCCAAGUACGAGGAGGACACUCACAAGCAGAUCAAGGAGCUCAUCGCGAAGGUCGAGGACAUCCCCCACGCGGUCUUCCACCAGUUCAUCGACAAGAUCUACAAGCGAUCCAAGUGA